CCCCCGGCCCAACGGAAAAGCCGAGAGCGGCCGGGAGGACCGGACCUCAUCCCUGACAAGAUCUGAUCGAGGGGACAGGUCUCCCGGACUGAGCCGAGCCCUCAGACUCUGAUUGCGUAGAGUUCUGAAGGGUCGGCAACGUUGCAAAUCACUGCCUACGCACUAUGAUUUUCAAUUACAUGGAUGAGGACUGUCUUGCAGGGAGCCCACACCUUCACCAUCAAUUAAAAAGAAGCGUAUAGACCCAAAAUGUCAGCUUUCCUGUUCCUCUGAUGCUGCUUGGCCUGCUAUGUUCAUCCAGCUCUACACCUUGUUGUCUCAGUGUUCAAAAUUUGGCCUGUUUCAGAAUGCUGCCGGACCUGCUGAGCUUUUCCAGCAACUUUGUUUUUGUUCAUAAUAAAAAUAAAACUGGAUGGAUUAACUGGCAUCGACCUUGGCACCAAACAAGGCAAAAGCAUACUCCGCAUAGACGAUUCUACAAAGGCUACUUCACUAACAUCUGGAGGAUUGUGCCAUAAUUGGGACCAAUGUCCCACAAACUAAUCGAGCAGUAAUGUGGCAUUGUCGUCCCCAUAAAAUCGCGAUUUUAAGACAAUAUCCCAGACACCUCAAUCAACACCCUGUCUAAGUCCUGUCUCAAUGGAAGGCCAGAGCCACCAGAGAUCAUUGAACAUUAGGAGGGAUUGGCCCUCAACGUAUGCUUCAUGAAAUCCAAAGUCAAUGUAACCAGAUCAAACUGCCUGCUACAUAACACCUACCACCCUCCUUCAGCUGCUGAAUUUGUACUCCCUAUGUUGAACUUUGCUUGGAAGAAGCACUGAGGACAUAGCUGAUAAGUGGAUUUAUCAUGAUUGCAACUGGGGGGCUUCUUCGUAUUUCAGCCAGAAGACAAGAUUCCUUUCGAUCACGUAAUCGUGUUAAUAAACACAAAAAGAAAGCAAAAAAGAAAUGCAAGAGUGAUGUAGUAGUGGUUAAAGGCAAAUUGAAGCUGUUCUCCAUUUCUGGACUGAUUGCUGCAUUUGGAAUCCUAGUACUGUUAGUGGGAAUAGCAAUGACAGUGAUGGGCUACUGGCCUAAAGGCACUGACAUUUUUGAAACUAUUAAGGUCCAAUCUAAUGAUACUAACAAUAGCACCGUUUUAGAAAGGACAACACUGGAGAUUAUUUCUAAAUUUUUAGCAAGCUAUUUGCAUUCUGAGAAACUGAAGGUUUUAGGACCCCUUAUUAUGGGAAUUGGUAUUUUUUUGUUCAUCUGUGCCAAUACAGUUCUUCAUGAAAAUAGAGACAAAAAAACCAAAAUAAUUAAUAUACGAGACAUCUAUUCUACAGUUAUAGAUGUACACAAUUUGAGGACAAAAGAUUGUGGGCCGCUUAAUGGUUUUGUCAACUAUGUACAAUCCAAAAGCAUGGAUAAUCUCAAAUCUCCUGAUUCUUUCUGUGCAGCAAUGUUGGCGAAAAGUACCUUGCGGACACCUGUUGGUAAUGCUGUAAAACCUAUGGAUCCAAAAGAAAAUGUGGGUAAAAAGCAUUGCGAUUUUGUAGCAAACUUGCAGCAACAAAUCCCCAAAGAUGGAAAGACAUUCUCUGAUACUGUUUACAGUAUUUGCAGAGACCAAAUCAGAGUAAAUGAUAGAACCCAAAUGCCCCAAAUGUGUGGGACUAAGUCAAUUGUUACUUCUUCCAUUAAUGCAUUCACACUGCCCAUCAUCAAACUGAACAACUGUGUCUUGGAAGAGGGUGCUGCCAGAUAUAGAAGCAAUGAGAAUGAAGCACAAACAUCAGAAAAAUGUAAUGAAACUCAACAAGAAUUUGAACGUUUUGCUUCUGAUCAAAUGGGAAGUAUUGAAUCCAUUUCAGCGGAUAUAGGAAGUGAUCACCAUGGAGAUGAUAACCAGGACAUAGAGACAGAGACUUCAAAUACCUUUAGGUUAAAUGACAACCAGUUGGUAUCCAGCAAAAAUUCCCAAAAACCUUCUGCCCAAGUGUCCCAGGUUUCUCCAAUUCCAUUUCAGAGAACAGAAUCCAGUCUUUCUCUCCAUACUUUGUCAGUUCACUCUAAACUUAUGAAUCUUGAUGACUAUCCUUCCACAUCCACAGUGCAGGAUGAGGAGAAAGAUCCAAAUUGUGCACAUUUAGAUUCCACCAGCAGUAAGGGCUAUAUAACAUUGAGUAAUGAGGACUCUCUUCAGUCUGCUCCUGUGCUAUCAGAAGCCAUAGCUACAUCUAGUGAUGAUUGUACAGAGAAUCUUCAUAGAGAUACCAUACAAGAAAGUACAAUGCCAAUCAAUGAACAAAAGGUGGACAAACCUCAAAGGUGUGUGCAAAGACAGUACACAAAGAGAGAGAAAUUGCUCAUGAUUUCUGGUUCCCACAAUACGCUUAGAAUGGACAAUGUUGAAAUUGAUAGUAAUUCGUAAUUAUAUGCCAUAUAAUGUAAUCAUAUAUAGUUGGGUUCAGAGAUGCAAAGGUGCAGUAAAAGCUAUAACAAAUGAAAAUAAUAUGUCGCUGUUCUGUAGCUAUUAAUGAUUACUGAAUGUCAGCCAAGCUCCACAGACUCCUAGAACAUUGCUGUGGAACUAAACAUCCAGUUUCUUUAGUUGCUUCCAAACGUAAUUGCAUCAGCCAUUGAGUGGCAAUUGUUAAUCUUGAUUAAACACCAAUUUAAACAUUUUAAUAUAAUCAGUUAUUUGUUAACAGCUUGUGAAAAUUAAACAUCAGACAUCCUAGGAUUGUAAAUUUACAGUUUGGAACCAUCAAAAUAAGCCAAUUAACGUACUGAAUUCUAUAUUCUGACAAAUCAAAGGAUGUAUAGAUAUCUUGUAUAAGCACAUAAUGCACUAAAACACACAAAAAUGUGAUAUUGAAAAGUGUUCAGUGUAUCAUUUCAUAAUUAAAUGAAAGAAAUUAUUUGCAUACGUAGUCACUAAUAGAGGUCUAAUGAAAUAAUAAUUAUUUCUGUAAUCCUGGAUUCUGUAUUAUACCUCAUUACCUGUGUUUUCUAAAUUGUAACCUAAUAUUCUAGAAUUGUAUUGUUUUUUCAUUUGAGUUUCCCUUUAGAGCAACCUUCAUGCAUUUUUAUCAUCACAGUUGUCUGUUUUUCCAAAGGAUUUAUCAGGUAAGUGACCAAAUCCUAUACCUCAUUACAUAUAUUUGACUUCACAGUUAUGUAAGGAAAGAUGUAAUAAAAAAAACAUUUUGUCCAUCAAGUGCACUUUUGUAAAAGGAGUGUAAUAGGGUCAUCAUGUACUUCCCUGGAGUUAGGUUGAAAUAUAUUUAUAUUUAUGAACAAA